UAAGACACCACGCACGCGAGGGCAGGUCCUGGUGUGGGCAGCCCAUGUGUGACGUCAGGCGCGUGAAUUCGCGUGUGUGACGUCACCUGUGUGGGAGCGCUUGUAAUUAAAACACCUGAAUGGACGUUUCUGAUCAUUCCAGUGGGACAACAACAUUAAUCUCGGGUUUCAUCACUGAAUCCAGUGUUGUGAGAUAUAAAGUCCCCUGAUAUGUGUCCGGCUGUGCCGUGUUGUUGGUGGAGUGGGCAGCGUGGUGUUUGUCUCGAUUCGGGUCACAACACCAGAAUUGCCAGCGGGGUCCACACACAGUGUAUUAGUCAACAGAAAACCUCUCGUCCCUGCAGUCUUUGUCUCCUGGUAAACUCAACACCCUGACACUGUGGACCAUAAACACCCCUUCCUCUCAGAGUCAGGGAAUCAUUCAGAGAGCUGAUCGCUGGGAGGAAUUAUAUUUAUUGGUCAUUAAAGUUCGCCCAGAUUCGUUUGGACGGAUUUGAUGUGGAGUUCGGGGUGUCACAGUGAAAGGGCCGGACGGCCGAUCUCUCUCCGUUGUACAAACAUCUUUCCAGUUAGACCUGCGGUGAGAGAUUUAUUGGAAGAAAAACCCACAACUGGAAGCAAACCACGACUGAAGACGAGGGAACAGCAGCAAGUGAACCAGCCCGAGGACUGAGAGCACUGACUGGAGAGAAACCCUUCUGACUCAGGAUUUCCAUUGAUUCAGUCAGGAGCAAGUCUGGUUAAAUAUGACAAGGAAUUUGUCUAUGGGAAUCUCGAACACAACACGCCAGUUUUGCUGUCUCUGUCCAGAUAUUUAAGAAGAGGAGCAAGGGAUUCACUCGGUCAUUUCAACUGAAGGUACAUCAGCAAGUUCACACUGGACAAGGCCAUUCACCUGUUGUAAGUGUGAGAAGGGAUCCAGUCAGUUAUCCCACUUGUGGACACACCAGUCAGGUCACACUGGGCAGAGGCUGGUCAUUUGCUGAAUUUGUGGGGAAUGGUUCACUCGAUCAUCUAACCGAAUGGCACACCAGCAUGUUCACACUGGAGAAAUGCCGUUCACCUGCUCAGACUGUGGGAAGGGAUUCACAAAAUCAUCUCAACUACUGAGACACCAGUCAGUUCACACUGGGCUGAGGCUGGUCAUUUGCUGAAUUUGUGGGGAAUGAUUCACUCGAUCAUCUAACCAAAUGGCACACCAGUCAGUUCACACUGGCGAGCGGCCGUUCACCUGCUCAGACUGUGGGAAGGGAUUCACUAUAUCAUCUCACCUACUGAGACACCAGUCAGUUCACACUGGCGAAUGGCCGUUCACCUGCUCAGACUGUGGGAAGGGAUUCACUUGCUCAUCUAACCUGAAGGAACAUCAGAGAGUUCACACUGGAGAGAGGCCAUUCACCUGCUCAGACUGUGGGAAGGGAUUCACUUCUUUGUCCCAACUGAAGGUACAUCAGCGAGUUCACAGUGGAGAGAGGCCGUUCACCUGCUCAGACUGUGGGAAGGGAUUCACUUCUUCGUCCCAUCUGAAGGUACAUCAGCGAGUUCACACUGGAGAGAGGCCGUUCACCUGCUCAGACUGUGGGAAGGGAUUCACUUGCUCAUCUAACCUGAAGGAACAUCAGCGAGUUCACACUGGAGAGAGGCCAUUCACCUGCUCAGACUGUGGGAAGGGAUUCACUUCUUCGUCCCAUCUGAAGGUACAUCAGCGAGUUCACACUGGAGAGAGGCUGUUCACUUGCUCAGACUGUGGGAAGGGAUUCACUUCUUCGUCCCAACUGAAGGUACAUCAGCGAGUUCACACUGGGGAGAGGCCGUUCACCUGCUCAGAAUGUGGGAAGGGAUUCACUUGCUCAUCUAAACUGAAGGUACAUCAGAGAGUUCACACCGGGGACUGGCCGUUCACCUGCUCAGACUGUGGGAGGGGAUUCACUUCUUCGUCCCAACUGAAGGUACAUCAGCGAGUUCACACUGGAGACAGGCCAUUCACCUGCUCAGUCUGUGGGAAGGGAUUCACUCGGUCAUCCACCCUAAUGGCACACCAGCGGGUUCACACAGGGGAGCAGCCGUUCACCUGCUCAGAAUGUGGGAAGGGAUUCACUUGCUCAUCUAAACUGAAUGAACAUCAGCGAGUUCACACUGGAGAGAGGCCAUUCACCUGCUCAGACUGUGGGAAGGGAUUCAGUAAAUCAUCUGACCUACUGAGCCACCAGUCAGUUCACACUGGCGAGCGGCCGUUCACCUGCUCAGACUGUGGGAAGGGAUUCACUUGCUCAUCUGAACUGAAGGUUCAUCACCGAGCUCACACUGGGGAGAGGCCGUUCACCUGCUCAGACUGUGGGAAGGGAUUCACUCGACCAUCCCACCUACAGUUGCACAGGUCUGUUCACACUGGGGAGUGGCCGUUUACCUGCUCAGUCUGUGGGAAGGGAUUCACUUGCUCAUCUAAACUGAAGGAACACCAGAGAGUUCACACUGGAGAGAGGCCAUUCACCUGCUCAGACUGUGGGAAGGGAUUCACUUCUUUGCCCCAACUGAAGAUACAUCAGCGAGUUCACACUGGAGAGAGGCCAUUCACCUGCUCAGUGUGUGGGAAGGGAUUCACUAAAUCAUCUCACCUACUGAUCCACCAGUCAGUUCACAAUGGCGAGUGGCCGUUCACCUGCUCAGACUGUGGGAAGGGAUUCACUCAGUCAUCUAAACUGAAGGAACAUCAGAGAGUUCACACUGGGGAGUGGCCAUUCACCUGCUCUGAAUGUGGGAAGGGAUUCAUUAAAUCAUCCCACCUACAGUUGCACAGGUCUGUUCACACCGGGGAGAGGCCGUUUACCUGCUCAGACUGUGGGAAGGGAUUCACUUGCUCAUCUAAACUGAAGAUACAUCAGCGUGUUCACACCGGGGAGAGGCCGUUCACCUGCUCAGACUGUGGGAAGGGAUUCACUAAAUCAUCUCACGUACUGAGACACCAGUCACUUCACAGUGGCGAGCGGCCGUUCACCUGCUCAGACUGUGGGAACGGAUUCACUUGCUCAUCUCAAAUGAAGGUACAUCAGCGAGUUCACACUGGAGAGAGGCCAUUCACCUGCUCAGACUUAGGGAAGGGAUUCACUUGCUCAUCUGAACUGAAGGUACAUCAGCGAGUUCACACUGGGGAGAGGCCGUUCACGUGCUCAGAGUGUGGGAAGGGAUUCACUAAAUCAUCUAACCUCCUGAGCCACCAGUCAGUUCACACUGGCGAGCGGCCUGCUCAGACUGUGGGAAGGGAUUCAGUUGCUCAUCCCAACUGAAGGUACAUCAGCGAGUUCACACUGGGAGAGGCCGUUCACCUGCUCAGUGUGUGGGAAGGUAUUGACUCAGUCAUCUCAUCUACAGACACACAGGCGAGUUCACACAGGAGAGAGGCCGAUCAGCUGCUGAGACUUUGGGAAGUAAUUCUAUCAGCAAAAUCAACCAAAUGUGUAUCAUUGAGUUCACAGUGGGGAGAGGCCAUUCACCUUCUGUGA